AUGGACGAAACCAUCAGGAUGGCCUUGGAAGCACAAAACCAGGCUCUACUUGCACAAAUCCAGGCUUUCAUCCAGGCUUCCGAAGCUCGCACUGGCCUUCUCAUUGCGGAGUUGGAGGGUCGAGUCAACCAACACAUCACAAAUUCAAUCAGCGCUGCAGAAACUCGAAUCAACACUCACAUGGCAACCAAGAUCAGGGAGUCGGUUUGCGCCGGAGGGGUGGCCCAAGAGGAACACUCUGACUCGGAGGAACUUGAAGCGGAUGAAUGCGACGAGAGUCAACCACACCACAAGCAAUUGUGA